AUGCCUCCUACUCAAGCUGAACUUGAAUCAUUAAAGGCCAGGUAUACUGCUGCUGGUCAAGAUCAUCUUUUUACCUUUUAUGAAGAUCUUAAACCUGAAGAGCAGACCAUUCUUUUCAACCAACUUGAUAAACUUGAUAUUGAACGCGUUAAUCAAAUUUUCAAGAAAGCCACGUCAGGAAAUACCUCUGAUGUUAAAAAACAAAAUUUGGAACCGUUACCUGAUGAUGUAUUUGAUUCAAUAUUAGAUGCAAGUGAAGAUAAGAUUAAAGACUGGGAAAAAUUAGGGUUUAAUGCGAUCGCUCAAAAUAAAGUUUGUGUCAUUUUGAUGGCCGGUGGCCAAGGAACUAGGCUAGGUUCAUCAGCUCCAAAGGGUUGUUAUGAUAUUCAUUUGCCAUCGGGUAAAUCCUUGUUUCAACUUCAAGCAGAACGCAUUCUAAGGCUACAAAAAGUCGCACAAGAUUUCGCGAAAACCGAAAAUGAACUUGCCGUUGCUCCUGAUGGUAAUGGUGGAAUGUAUGCGGCCCUACGAAAGGAAAAGAUUCUUGAAUCAAUGAGCUCGAGAAAUAUUAGUUAUGCACACGCUUAUUGUGUUGACAAUUGUCUUGUUCGCGUUGCCGAUCCUGUUUUCAUUGGCUAUUGUAUCACCAAAAACGCUGAUUGUGGUGCCAAAGUCGUUCGUAAAACUGACCCACAUGAAUCUGUAGGUGUUAUUGCCCUUCGCGAUGGCAAGCUUAACGUGGUAGAAUAUAGUGAGAUCGAACCUGCAGUUGCUGAGCAGAGAAAGCCUAAUGGCCAGCUAUCCUUUGGUGCAGCUAAUAUUGCAAACCACUUUUACACAGUUGAUUUCCUCAAUUGUAUAGAAUCAUUUGAAAAUGAACUUGAAUAUCAUAUAGCAAAUAAGAAGAUUAAACAUAUUGACGUUAACACUGGAGAACUGAUCGCCCCUUCCAAACCAAACGGCAUGAAACUUGAGCUCUUUGUCUUUGACGUUUUUCCCUUCACUAAACGCAUGGCAGUUCUUGAAGCUGAUAGAAAAGAAGAAUUCUCACCUUUAAAGAACGCACCGGGUACCGUAUGUGAUAACCCCGAAACAAGCCGAAGGGACAUCAUAAACCAACAUGUGAGAUUUGUUGAAAAAGCUGGUGGUAAAGUCAUACCGGGUGAUGGUGAUUCACCUGAUCACCUUACUUUUGAAAUUUCACCAUUGGUUAGUUAUUCUGGUGAGGGCUUAGAAAUGUUAAAAGGAAAAACUAUCAAAACACCUUUUGUUUGUAA